UCAAAGAGUAGACAUUUACAUGCUAAAACUUUGAAGACAUGAAUUAUAAGCAAAUAAUAAUAUAAGAGAAAUGAGAUACCAUGCCAUCAUAUAAAGGCAACUAACAACCUACAUUCUCAAGCAUACUCAAUAUGUUGAAUUGGUAUCAGAUGCAAAACCUUUCUUAAUCCAUCUCCGGUACUCUGCAAUAUAAUGUUAUUCUCUCAUAUAUCUAUUUAUUUAUCUAUCUAUCGAUCUAAAUAUCUAAAUAUCGAGAUAUCAAACACCAAUUUUUUUCUUCCCCUCCGCAUUUCUUCCAUGGACAGAUCACUGUCGCGUUUCUGGUUCUGGACUCAACCGCGUCAACCAGCAAGACCUGCAGCCCGACGACAACCUUCAGCAAGGCCACCACCACCCCGGAGAGAUCCCCGAACUCCUACGCCAUCACCUCCUGAGAGAUCUCCUCCUCGCGAGACCACUGAAUCACCACCACUAUCUCGAACACCUUCAAAACGACAAUCUUCGACCCCUGAUGCCUCUCCAGAACCCACAUUGUCUCGAACCGACUCAAAGAGGAAACUGGAGAGUCCAAAAACCUCCAGGCCUCCUCCAUCUCCGACAUUCUCUACUGAACAAACACAAACACAAGCACAAGCUAUUCCCCGGGUACAUGAACCGAAAGAGUCUCCGAAGGAUUCAAUAGAGGUACAAACUCCAAAAGUCACUAAACCUCCUCCAUCUCCAACAUUCUCUACUGAACAAACACAAACACAAACACAAACACAAGCUAUUCCCCAGUUACAUGAACCGAAAGAGUCUCCAAAGGAUUCUAUAGAGGUACAAACACCAAAAGCCAUUAAACCUCCAUCUCCAUCUCCAUCUCCAUCUCCAUCUCCAUCUCCAUCUCCUUCCUCUGCACGAACACAGGCCCCGGCUAUUCCUCAAGUGCAUGAACCAAAACAACCUUCUAAGGAUUCUAUAGAGACACAAACUCCAAAAACCGCUCCAUCUCCAUCUCCAUUCCGUUCUCGAUCCCCAUCUCCAAAAACCAGUCCAUCUCCAUCUCCAUUCCAUUCUCGAUCCCCAACUCCAAAAACCAGUCCAUCUCCAGUUCGAAGUCCAUCUCCGACUCCAUCUCCAUCCACAUAUCUAACUCCAACUCCAUCUCCCUCCCCGUCUCCAACUCCAUCUCUAUCCCCAACUCCAACUCCAUCUCCGUCCCCGUCUCCGACUCCGACUCCAACUCCAACUCCAACUCCGUCUCCGUCUCCAUCUCCGUCUCCGUCUCCGUCCACAUCCACAUCCACAUCCACAUCCACAUAUCUGUCCCUGUCCCCGUCCCCAUCUCCAACUUCAAAAACCACUCCAUCUCCAGUUCAAAGUCCAUCUCCAUCUCCAACUCUACCUCCAACUCCACCCCCGUCUCCAGCUUUACAAACCACUCCAUCUCCAGUGCGAAGUCCAUCUCCAACUCCAACUCCAACUCCAACUCCAACUCCAAAAACCGCACCAUCUUCAUCCCCAGCUCGAACUCCAUCUCCAUCCACACAAACAAAGGCCCCUGUAAUUCUUCAAGCACAUGAACCAAAAGAACCUUACAAUUCAAUAGACAAACUCACUCCAAAAACCACUAAAACUCCAUCUCCAUCUCAGUCUCCAAAAUUUUCUUCACAACCAGUUAGUCAAGCAUACGAGAAACAAGUUCAGCCUAGCACUCAAGUACAAGAUGAAAUCCUAAGCCAGGUAACUUCCCAGCCAGUUAAAGAACCAAAACAGCCAGAGGGUUUGGAGCCUAAAUCAGUACCUACUUAUCCUACAGAAAAGCAAACAACCCCAGAAAAUGGAACCAUGGCAACAAAAGAAGAAAAACCCAACAUAAAUAUACAAGAAGACCAGAAAGAGGAAAAUAUCGAGGAGCCUCCCAAAAGCCCGGAAAGAAAAACUAAAAUCGUAAGCAUUCAAGACGAGGAGCACAAGCCAAAACCAGAAAUGGCAAUGCCCGAGAUGCUUCAGAUAGGAAUAACACAAGAAAGGGAGCAAAUAAUUGAACCAAAACCAUCAAGCAUCAGGUUAGAUUCUGAGCCACCAAUUCCUCCUCCUGAUGCAAGCAGGCUCAUAACCAAAAUGAGAAUUUCCAAGCAAAAAAAGCGGGAUGAGCAAGAUGAUUCAGAUGGUGAGGAACCAAGAAGAAAUGGUUUCAACGGAAAGGAAAGCAAAAUCAAAAUUUCAGGCAUCCCUCCAGAUUCAUCUCCCACAGGCGAACAACCCACGUUUCAAGCAGAGAUAAAAGAAGGAAUAUCCAAAUUGGUUGAGAAGCUGAGCAUCAACCAUUCUGAGUUACUGGGUAACGGAAAUGGUGUUACCAUUGUGACAUUAGCAGGUGAAAACAAGGGAGCAUCCAUGGUUAUUGGUUUCGAUCGCUUAACCAAGGACAGCUCCAACAAUAUUCAAAGAGAAACACAGGCAAACAGAAAUGUCGACAAGAAACAAAGGGAAGAAUCUACUCAUGCAAGGGAUGAAAUCCCACCAAUCAGUGCAAGCAUAAACAGUAAUGUCCAGAGCGUCAACAACUCACUACUGCAUGAAAGUUCUUGCAAUGAGGAGAAUCCAGGAGUACACUUGGUUUUCUCAAGCAAGCCAAUGACGCCGGCAAAAAUGAAUGGAAAGCCAGAAAGCACUGAAAAAGUUGAGGCUAUUCCAAAAACAGUCCAAGCUCAGAAACUGACCUAUACACCAAGAGUUAGAAGACGAUGCCUUCGAGGACUUCUCCUUGAAUCAAGUGAGAGUGAUCAAGAGGACCCUCAAAAGCCCCAACGCCAUGGAUGCCGUGUCCGCUGCGAUGGGAAGAACAAUAUGAAGGCUGACAUUGAGGAUGCCUCGGCAAGCAUCAACAAUGAGAGGAAUAACAAUGAGAGGAAUAUCAACUAA